AUGUGUUCGGUGCAGCCGUUUUGCUCCAGCACGCAGCCGGUGCGAGAUGGCAAACGGCAGUCUCGCGCGCUGAUGGUCAGUUCUGUCAUGGCCGCGGCGAACACCAAAUGUCGGCACUUGCUUGGACUUUCGUUCUUCGCGUUUCCGGCACUGGUGUCGGCAGCCUGCUUUCCAGACGACUGUGCAUCCUGCACGCAGGCCGAGUGCAAUUUGGAGCCUGGCUGUUUGGAUAUCUACCCUGGCAACUUCGAGACGAGCUGCGUAUCGUGUCCCAACACAACUUGUUUGAGUGAUGGCGGUUUGGACGUCACUGCCGGGUGCAGUGAUGGCAUCAACGUGUUGGUAUCCCUCACAAUGGGUCUCAUUGGUGGCUUGUUUGCAGCAGGGAUGCCGUGCAUUUGUUUGAGCAUUCGCUCGCAAGAGCUUUGGGCAGCAGAGUUCCUCGACGAUCGCAACACAGAGAUGCGCAGAGUGCGUGGUGUCAUCAAGGACAAGAAAAAUGUCGACAAGAGAGGUGGCCAUGCCUUUUCAGUGAUCGUUGAGUUCGUCGCGGAGGAUUUAGAGCAGCAGCAGGUCCCCGUACGGGCGCAUUGCGCCUCUCAGCCGGCUUUCUGGAGCAAGGUCAAGGUUGGGGGCGAGGUUGAGAUAGCGUAUCGCGCCGGCUUGGAGCGUGAUUUUGUAAUAGUGGACGACCUCCUGACUUACCUGAUGGAUACCUCAUCAAAGUAUAUUCUUUGCAUAUGCGGAGGUGGUCACGACAUCCGAGUAGGCCGCCUUCAGGAAUUGUUUUGCAGCCAACACUCCCGGACGGCCUCUAAACCCCUGUUCCAAUGCAGCAGCGAGAUACCAUCGCCGAAGCAACGGCACAUGCCCCUUACGCCAACGGCCCCAACAGGCAGCAUGCUUGGCAACAAGCGGACCGGGCAGGAAGAUACAGACAUGCGGUCGAAGCAGUCGAAGCGAAGCUGCAGCAUUCAGCACGGCGUCACGGUGUCUGAUCACGGAGAGAAAGUCACUUGGUCUGGUUAUUGGGACGAGCGCCAACGCAAGCUGGAAUCCCAAACCGUUGACGACGUCUUGUUUGGCACCCUCUCUUCACGAAUUGCUCGGGAAAGUCCAGAAGCAGAACACACUUCCUGCUCUCAAAUUUUCAAGCAUUGCUGCAUUUACUUCGAUGGUCGCGUUGAUAUUGGAGGUGGCAUAUCUGCAUACGCCCUCAGCAAGGUGGCUCGUUUACACGGUGCGACGGUUACUCCAAGGCUGGCGAAGCGAAGCGUCACGCAUGUAGUUUGCACCCAGCUCAGUGGUGCAAAAGAGAGGAAGGCCUUGCGGGACGCCAGCUCAGCCCAUGCUGUAGCCCAAUAUGUGGUCCAGCCAUCUUGGAUCACGGAAUCUGUCGCUGCGGGAAGGAGACUUCAAGAACGGCAGUUUUCGCUCAUGACGAAGAUUUCACGGCGGUUUGGUCUGAAUACUUUGGGCAGUGGCCAUGGAGGAGGCUCUGGACAUCAACAUUCAACUGUUCGAAAGGGACAGCAGCAUAUGCAAGGUUCCCCAUUCCAACUGCAAGAUAGUGCAAAGAAGGACAGCGCUGCCACCACAGCCACCUUUCCAGACAACCGUGACGGUCGUGACCCUCAGCUUGUUCUGAUCUCUGACAGCCCUCCAGCCAGCCUUCCGAGCCCUCAGCGAGCUGGAGACUACUUCAGUCCCUCGAAAUCUCCCGAAAAUCCCGAGAUGCCUCCCACGGCUCUUGACAGUGAGGAAGAAACAGAGCUGGACAGUGAUGCUGAGCAAUAA